ACUUCCGCUUCCAGGUCACCUCAUUCUCUUCUACAGCAGGAAUCUCUUCUCAACAGGAUCUCACCUUUUUGUUUUACAACACUUCUAUGGCCAUAUUAUGAUAUCUGAGAUUACAUCUAAUUGAUGGUGGACAAAAAUGGUCUUUCCUCUCAAAUGUGUACUGGGUGUGAACAGGGUCACGUUCAUUUGCAAAACGUUUUCGAACAUUGCAGAUAGAAAUUAACGUAAUUCAUUAUUGAACAAAUCGAAGGGGCAUGUUUGUUCUACAUAGCAUAUUUCUAUCUGGACGUUCCAAAACUUUGUAUCUUGCUGAACGCGCCCCUGUUCUUGACUUUUAGCACUUUUGCGGGUACCUUGUUUUGACUGGAAACCGCAACGGAGUUUGAAGCUGCCUCCUCGACCUAUUUUAAAACACGUAUAUUUACUGAGACACAGUGAUGGACUAGAAUCAAGUGAGGAAAUCCAACAAGUAACUAUAGAAUUGCAUUAUGUGUUUGCUAUUAAAUUAGAGUUGAUAAAUUUGCAAUGGGAUGACUGCAUGCCGUAUUUUAGCUAGUUAUUUUCUGGCAAGUCGUGGGCUAGCCCAGCACCAAGGAACGGAUGUAAAGAAACGCGGAAGCGAGUUCAGUGUUUAGACGAUGUAGUCAGAUUUUUGCAUUUAUAAAUCAUUUGGGAUGACCCCCUUUGCAUAAUCCAUUUGUUAGUUUUGAAGGCCAGGGAUUACACUGCAUUCGUGUGCCGUUAGAGCUCCCCGUUUUUUGUUUGCAGUGUUUUUGGCCUGAUCCUAAACCUAUUUAUUGAAAAAAAUAGUGCCUGAAUGGAUAGGUCCUCCGUGUUUUUGUCAGUUUGUGUCUUCUUUAGGUAGCCUAUUUAACUGAAUUAAUUUAUUAGCAAAUCAUUUCUAAUCUGUGAGCAGACAUUGAAUUGGGGCAGUCUUGCCAGUGCAUUACUGUAGCCCCAUACACACAGCACUAUUGCUAAUACAGUUAGGAAGACAAUAUCCUAAAUCUGUGUUAGGUCUAAGGUUGGUAGUGGGAUCUUUUCUUCAUCACAUGAGGGACGCGAUUGCCUGCCUUUACUGUCCCCUUCACAGCUACUGCCUCCGCCUUGGAAGGAAGGAAACCUUGGUCACAGGAAAUCCGCCUUUGAGGAAAAUGUUUCGCCCUGGGAGAGAAAAACAUCAGACUGAACCAAGGGAAGUCUCUGCCUCCCAUGUGGCAAAACUCAGUAAUAAGCUAAAAGCCAUCUUGAAGAAAAAGUACCAAAGUCCCCCAGGGGGGGAAACUGAGCAUCCAUUUUAUAUUCAUUGUGAUCUCCACUAUCCACCUGGUGAAAGUGGAGAGGGGAACCAACAUGAGUACAUUCAAAUUGAGCCAACCUACAGGAAGAGACACCAAGGGACAUGCUCACCCAUAGGCUUAUACUUUGAUUCUGAACUAGGCAACGAACAAGUCAGAAUAGCACUGACAAAGGGUGUCUCUGGUAUUGGAAAAACUAGCCAGGUGCGGAUGGUUAUUCUUAACUGGGCAGAGGGAAAAGGAAACCAGGAAUGUCCUCUCUUAUUUCCUCUUCCUUUCCGGGAGCUGAAUUUGCUGAAGGAGAGACUCAGUCUAAUUGAACUUCUUCACAAGUUUUUCCCAGAAUUGAAAGAACCUGGAAUUUCCAACUUGGAGAACUUCAGAAUUUGGCUCAUCUUUGACGGGCUGGAUGAAUUCCGACGUCCUCUCGACUUCAAGAACAGCCCGAUAGUGACCAAUGCCACAGAGGCCUCCUCCGUGCCGACACUGCUGACAAACCUCAUUAAUGGUAAUCUCCUUCCCUCCGCCGCUCACAUAUGGAUUACAUCCAGACCUGCGGCAGUCAGUCGCAUCCCUCUUCAGUACAUCAACGAAGUGACAGAAAUCGAAGGCUUCACAGAUUACCAGAAAGAGGAGUUCUUCAGGAGAGCAAUCCAUGACAAGAACCAGGCCAAUGCAAUUAUUGCCUACUUAAAGUACUCAAAAAGCCUCUACGUCUUGUGCCAGAUACCUUUUAUCUGUUCGAUUUGUGUGUUAGUCCUCUGGAGAAAGACAUUUCUAUUCAAUGAAGAAUGUGACCCCAGAGCUCUGACUCCAGUGUACACUGACCUACUCGCCCUGUUGCAAACACAGAACCAGAAUGCACAGGAGAUGGCUAUUAACUUGGGGAAACUAGCCUUUAAGCAGUUGGUGAAAGGCAACACGGUUUUCUACGAGGAAGACCUACGAGAGUGCAACAUUGAUGCCCGAGUGGCAGCUGUGUACGCAAAAGUGAACAUACCCAUCUUCAGGGAGGAUAUUGGGCUGCACCAAAAGAAGAUCUACUACUUUGGGCAUACCACCAUUCAGGAGUUCUUUGCCGCAAUGUGGUUUCUCCAAUCCUGCAACAGCCCAGAUGAAAACCUGAGGAAAGCAGUGGACAUGGCCUUGCAGAGCAAAAACGGAAAGCUGGACCUCUUCCUCCGGUUCCUCCUAGGCUUCUCGCAGAACUUCAUCCAGUCAAUUGCAGUGGCCGGCUACAAUUUGUCGGAGACACUGACGGAAGCAGUAGAGUAUAUCAAGAAGAAGGUCAUGGAGAAUCCCGCUUCACCGAGGACACUCAACCUGCUGAAAUGCCUGACGGAAUUGGGUGACAGCUCUUUAGAAACGGAUGGCGUGCACUUUCUCAAGACUGGAAUCCCCCCAGAUGCCCAAUACCCACGUGCACAUUGGUCCGACCUGGCCUCUCUGUUAGUGGCAUCAGAGUCUGGGCCGAUAGACAUGCUUGGGUUGGAAGUAAAGAAGAGAGGAGACGAGGAACUUCUGAGGAUGCUGCCAGUGAUCAAAGCUUCCCAGACAGCCACGCUGUCAUAUCACAAUCUGACUGAGAUAUUCUGUGAAGGUCUGGCCUCGGCGCUCACCUCAAAGGUGUGCAAUCUGAAAGCUCUGGACCUGAGUUUCAACACGCUGAAGGACUCAGGAGUACAACUGCUGGCGGCCGGCUUGGCCAAGCCACAUUGCCGACUGGAGAGACUGAAACUGUCCGGCUGCAGGGUGAAACAGGAUGGCUUCGCCGCUCUGGCCAAAGCUCUCAAAUCCAACCCCUCGCACCUGCGAGAGCUGGAUCUCAGCGGCAAUGAACCGGGAGAAGCCGGCGUGUUUCAUCUCGUUGACGGACUGAAGGUUGUUAAUUGCAAACUGCAGAUCCUGAAGCUCUCAAACUGCAAGCUGGGCCUGGAGCAGAGUCGCUCUCUUGCGGUGUUGCUGAUAGACAACCCCAGACACCUGCGAGAGCUGGACGUCAGCAUGAACGACCUGGGAGACCGGGGGGUGAAGCUGCUCAUGGACACACUGAAGUCAACCCAGAUAUACAAACUGGAGUUGUACUGUUGUCAGCUCACUGAGAAAUGCUGUGAGAACAUGUUUGGAUGUCUGGUGAACAUCCCCAGUCUGAGGGAGCUCAACCUGAGCAACAACAACCUGAAGGACGAGGGGGUCAAGAUGCUCUGCAACGUCUUCGGACUGCCCGCCUGUCAACUGGAGAAACUCAUUGUGGCGAGCUGUGGCAUCACCCUUGUCAGAGGGUUUCAUUUCAACUCUAUCCUCAAAGAGCUGGACAUCAGCAGGAACCAUCUGGGCGACUCGGAUGACUGGGCCGAUGUCUUGUUCUGCUUGUCUUCACUUGAGACCCUCAGGCUGAGUGACUGUAAAUUGACAGAGAAAUGCUUUGAGGUGCUGGUCAAAGCUCUCAGCUCCAACCUCACCAACCUGAAAGAGCUGGAUCUCUCUGGAAACGACCUGGGAGACCGCGGGGUGAAGACUCUCUACAUGGGACUGACGUCCAGGUGUUGUACACUGGAGAGACUGUUUCUGAGAUGCUGUGGGAUCACAGUAAAGGGCUGCUCCUCCCUCGCCGUAGCCCUGAAGUCCAGCCACUCCAGCAUCACAGAACUAGUCCUGAUGGGAAAUGACACGGGAGAAGAAGGACUGAGAAUUCUCUCUGACAUCAGGGAUGACCAACGCUACAAACUACAGACUCUAGAAAUCAACGAUUGAGAGAGGUCUUGACUCGCUUGAUGGGGUUCAUCUUGGCGUCUUGGCUUGGUCUUCAAGUUCUGUUCUCGCUCCGGUGAAGUGCUUCACUGUAAAGGGAACAGGAUGCUAUCUCGGGGCGCAGACUGGGAUUUGAGCGUUGUACGGACUUAUUAAAGAAGUGCCUAAACUUGAAAAAGUUAAUGCUAUAGAAUUCUAUAAAGUAGGAUGCCCUUUAGGAUAUCCCCUCGGUGUCUGUGUAAAUGUAAACUAAAGGAUGUUACUCAGUACCUUCUGCCUCAAUCAUGCUCAGUAACCCCGAAGGCCAUUGCAGUAUUUUAUUUGCACAUCAAUGUCAAUCCAAGAUGUUACAGUAUACAAUGUAGCCUUUACUGAAGAGAAGGGUGAUGCUAUGUUUUACAUAAUGACCUUAUUGUGUUUUCUUGUUGAACCAAGAAUGUGUCAUCAUUGGGAACCUAUAGUGGGACUGGAUAAAUGAAUAAUCCGUUUGGAGACAUUUUCACCUUUACCAAUUCUGAUUCCAGGCUGUAUCACAACCGGCCAUGAUUGGCCCAGCGUCGUCCGGGCAUUAGUGUUAGGAAUUUGAUGAAUAAUGACUAAACAAUAUCUACAUUGAAAUAGAACUAUAACUAAUUCAACUCUACCCUGUUUUAUAAUAUCUGAUAAAUAAUGUUAGUUCCUAAGAAAGAGUAUAUGUAGCAUGGAUAAGAGGUAAUUGGAAAUGAUACACACACACAUAACUUCCUACACAAUGGUUGUCUUAAGUAAGCAAAGAGGGUCAUUAACCUAUGUUUGAACCGACUCAACUAUAACUCUGUGGCGAUUAAAUAAGACAGCGAGAGCCCCACCAGGUUGUGUGUAUCUGGAACUGUCUGCUAAAGUGGUAAUAAAUUAUGGUGAGACUUCUUUAACGUUUGUUUGCUGACCGCCAUUAUCAUAGAAGAAGAAGCUGGAAAAACGAGAGGGGGGGGCGUGGAAGCGGAAAUCGUUCAUACAAUAGCAAGACCGAGAAUGGAGGUGCGAGAAGCGCUGAUAACUCUGAGAUUUGAAUGAGAUGGGGUCAGAUGGAGGGGAGGAACUUUAUGCUGAGAUCGACUCAGAUGACCAAUAGGGGAAUUGUUCAUUACAUUCUGAUUCUAACUGCGAUUCUGAUUAGGAGCCUGAGCUGCCUCGGCGCAAGAGAGCCCAAAUUAUGCCCACUUUGCAGGCGUCAAUUACUGGCGUUGCCUGCUGACAAUGCUCGGAGUAGAUUAUCAGCACAUAAUGGAAUCCUAGUGUAGUCAAUCCCUCACUUUACGCAAAAGACAAAAUCGACCGAGCAUUCGACAGCUUUCAUUGUUUAUGUAACAUGGAGAUGUUGCAGCACAUCAAGGAGACGGCUCGUGGGGGGAGAGAGGCAGAUGAAUGGGGCACCAGACACUUCCAGAUCCAGUACCAAUGAUAGGAUAGUAUAGUUUACCUGCACAUAUUCAUAUCUCAGUUGUUUUACACGGUCUGAGUUUAUUUCGAAAGGGACUGCUUCAUCCUAAUUCUAUUGCGUUUCAGUAGACGACAGUGCAGAGAGACUCACUCUGUUGACGUUUAGGAAUAUGGUGUUAUCUACCAUUAUGUGGUCCUGCAGGUCUCUGAGUCUGAUACAGUUAUUUGCAAUGACCACAAUGUGGGUCUCCAGCUCUGGGGUGAACAGUCCACCUCUUCCACCAGAUACUGGUUUUCUUGCAGUUCUAUAAAACAUUUGAAUGGUUUUAGUGAUAGAUCCUUCUCAUUACGAAAGUACACUACAUAUUACUGUACCAGUAAGACUACAGCAUUUACAGUUUCUUACCGGUUCUCAUUUCGAAAUAUCCGGAUGAUACCUGCAACAGUAUAACUGCUCAGAUUUGGUUGAACCCGUUGCCCAGCCUCCCUCAUGCUCAUCCCAUGGUUGACAACAUGAUUUCAUCAGUUAUUGUGUUCCCGACUCCCUUUCCUCUUCCCCGUCCUUCUUCACCUCUUUUUCCCCCUACUUCUUCACCUCCUCGUACUCCUCCAGUUCUCACCCCUCUUCCUCUCUGUCCAAUAUUGGCCUCCAUUAUUGUCCAAACCAAAUGUUUACCAGUGGCCUAUGUAUAGUUCUCAGGCUCUGAUUUGUAAGUGAACUCAUUAUCUAAGUGUUUUCACAUGUGUCAACGUGGAAAGGCAAUUGGAGAAAUAGUGUACGAAUGUAGAGACCAAUGUUUACAGUUUUGCUAGAAGUGUGUUAUUAAAUUGCAAACCGAGUGUAAAGCAGUGGGUGGUGUUUACAGUUUUGCAAAAAAGUGUGUUAUAAAAUGACAAACUCAGUGUAAAGCAGAGAACGUGCAUUCAGUUUGGCACACUUGGUAAAUGCAUCGGCUACAAGUGUUAAUGGUUUCAGAGAUAGUGCUUCAAGAAUCACUGUUAGUGUUUAAGCAUUCAGAAGAAGAAAAAGAAUCACGCAUCGGAGUCUGAAAAGGCUCUAGUCUAAAGUCAAGAGACAGUUGAAGUGUUGGCCACCGCUUGCUUAUGGCAAAUAACACCAGAUCAAAAAACAUGCAAAAGAAAGGAGAGGAGAUACGAAGAUAUUGAUUCAUGCGCAUUUUAUUUUUCACAUUUGUGAUUUGCUAAAUGUAAUCGACAAAUAAAACUGUUCAAAUGGA